AUGAAGGUAAUUAAAUGUUGUGGGGACAUCCUGAAGGUAGCCCUGAUUUCCAAGGACACACAGCUUGUGAGGCUUUAUGAGACGUUUGAGCCUAAGGAGAAACUUUCGCUAAAUGAAGCAUUUCAACUAAACAGCAUUCUUUUUAAGCCCAUCACACUACAUUCUGAUUCAGAUUGGAUCUCCUCUCACCUAGAACCCAUCCAGGAUUUUGCAUAGUUUUAUCAUGACCUUUGCAGAAGCAAACCAUCUCCCCAGAAGAGUCACAUUUAUAUCCAGCCCAUUGGUUCUUUUGGAGAUUCUAGAGUUAGUACAGAUUUCUACACAAGAUGGCUGAAGGAUCACAAUGGCCUGACUGUAAGAAUCUUGGGGCCAGAGCCGGUUUCGCACACUUAUUGUGCUUUUCGAGGCAAUGAAUAUACACACAAUCUACAGAUUCAUGCAGGGGCCCUCUUGAAAUACUUAAAGAAAAAAAGCAAAAAGGAUGCUUUUUGCAUUCUGGGAAUAACAAUGAUAGAUCUUUAUCUAAGAGACUCCUGGAAUUUAGUCUUUGGACAAACCUCUUUAACUGAAGGUAUGUCAAUGCUUGCUACUCCAUGUUUAGGCCACUAUAUUGACUGGAUAGCAGAGAGUCACACAGGUACUUAUAGAACGCCUCCCGGCUCACCUCUACAGCCUGUGCCGGCAGCCGAAGGCUGGCAGGAGGCUGCGGCAGCGUCCGGGCCCAGAGCUGCUGUGGCAGUGGCCGGGGACCGGCGGCCAGGCCUGCACGCCGGCGCUGGGACCACUGACACCAGAGUGUGCCUUCCGGGCGCCGACGAUCUGCGCGCCUGCCCUAAACGCUACAGGGAAGGCGCCAGCGUGCGAGUGAAACUGACGUGA